CACCAGAUCCCCCCAGCGGUGCCCCUGCCCCCAACGAGGACUCCUGGAUCCACAGGAUGUUGGGCGAAGUCCUCAAAGCCUCCAGCCUGAGGGUCUCCCUGCCGGAGGCGCCUCCAGUGACGGUGUUGCUCCUGCAGAGAUACAUGGCUGAUGGCAUGCCCCUGGCUGGUGCCCCCGGCCCAGCCCCCCCCCAGGCUGGUGCCCCCUGCCCAGCCCAGGCUGCUCCCUGCCCAUCUUACUUCUAUGACAUGACUGUCACAGAUGGCAUCUUCUGGGAGAAGUGCCACCUGGACCCCCAGCUGAACGGCCUCAUCCACCAAAACAAGCUCGGCUGUGGCAUGCAGGUGAAAAUCGCCCAGUGUUCGUACGUGUAUAAUGAAAAGAGGCUGGGCCGUGGCUUUCUGUGCAUUGAACAGCUGGAAGUCCUAGAAGGGCCGGCCUUCACGGAUGCUCCCCCACAGCUAAAAGUGUGCCAUGUGAAAUCCACCCUCCCCCUGAAGGGGGGCAAGAAGCAUUACCUUCCGCUGUGGAAUAAUGACGAUCCAUGUGGGGACAUGUGGGUAGAAAAGACGCCUUUGCGGGAGGUCUCUGUGGAUGAAUUCAAACUAACAUCUCUCUUUCAUCUGGCCAUGACCUGGGAAACCAGAAUCAACUUCCAACCAUUGCUUGUCAGAAUCAUCCAUAAGUCUCGAUUACGUUAUUAUGGAAAACCAAAAACAAAACUAGAUGUGCCAUAUCAGGCUUAUUUUGAUGUGGCUGAUCACUCUGGUAUGGUGUUAAUGGUGCUGUGGGGCUCUUUAUGCCCUGAAUGGUAUCACAGUAUGAAAAUUGGCACAGUGCUACUGCUUGAAAAAUAUGCUGUUAAAAAAAGUUUAUCUUCUAAAACACAGUCAAGUCCUGGAGAUUUGCAGAUGAAGAGAUUCUGUUCAAUAGAAAUUGCUUUGAAUGUUCGAGACCCUCCAGCUAAAAUUAACAUCAUUCCAGAAAAUAAAAUUAAACCAGAAUGGAAGUUGCCUGAAGUUGAAUAUCAGUUUAUAACAAGAUCAGAAUUGGAUGAGUUAGCCCAGAAUCACUUUUGUGACAUUAUUGGACUUGUACAAUAUGUUGGACGGAUCGAACGCAAAAGAAAAAAAGGGUGUGUGGAUGACUUUUGGACAUAUCGCUGGGUACAUGUUAUUGAUGGGACCUCAGAACAGCCUUUCAUAGUAGAAUUGUUUGCCACAUCUCAGCCAGAUAUAUUUGAGCAAAUUCACCCAAUGACAUACUUGGUAUGUACGCAGAUGAGAGUGGAACGAAAUAUUUCUGAGAAUGGCUCCAAUACAGUUUAUUUAACCACGUCUUUGAAAAGCCAAAUAUUUAUUACAGGAUGGCAUAAGGGCCAACCAUAUACAAAAGAUCCAAAAGUGAAAAACUUUAUCCAGUGGAUGAAAACUCAAGAGGAAGCUUCUUACAUGGACAGAAGUAUCAUUGGUGGAUAUUAUCUUCUCCCACCUCUCCCAGAUACAUUUUUAGAAUAUUGUAAAAAUAUUAAGGAAGAAUUAGCUUUGAUAGCCAUCAGUGAAACAGAGAAGGAGAUUGACAGUUUGCACUACAGGGAACAGAAGCGCAUUGCUUUUCAAGGGAUAAUUAGUGCUAUAAGAUGUGUCAGCUGUAGCAGUACAUCCCAGGAUGCCUCAGGAGUGCGACCAAUGCAGAUCAAGAAAAGGUCAUCAGUAUGUACUUCAGUGUCGGAAACUGAUCAUAUUAAUAAAGGCAGAAGAAAAUAUCAGCAAGCGGGAGAAUCAGCUUCUAAGCAGAAGUCACCACCUCUGGAACAACGAAACAUAGUAACCAGGAGUUGUACAAAGAGACAGAUUGCAACUGUGGAGGCAACAGAUCAUCAUCCUGUGCCUUCUCAACAUUCAUAUUUGACAAGAGCAGCAAGCAAAAAAAGAAUGUUGCGCAAAUUUUUGCAAGAUAAUUCGCAUGCAAAGAAAGAAAGUAAAGAAGUGAUGGAAACAGCACAAACAUAUGAAACAGGUAACAAAGAAAUAGCUGAUGGGUUUAAAGAAGUUCACACACAGAGGAUGUGCCACAAUUCCUGGGAAAGUGUUCUCUGGACAGCUGUAAAAGACAACUUAACACAGCACUUGAACUUCAGCAACGUUUUCCCAGAAAGUUUCCCUUGUAAAUUUAAUUACAUCCACAAAGAAUUCCUUAUGAAACAAUACAAUCUUCAGGCAGCCAAAUUUAAGCCAAAGGAACGCCCAACGAGUGGAGAAAUGAAUCACUUUGAAAGUGCCUGUCCUCUUGAAUACUAUGAAGUGGCUAUUCUUGGCAUAAAUCAUGACGUAGCUAUAGAGGUUGCGCUCCUGCAUGAUUCUUACUUAUUUCAAGUCAAGGAUACACCACAAAAUGCAGUAUUUUCUCAUGUAAGUGGUACUUCAUCUUGCCAGGAAACCAUUAACCAAGAAGGAUUUUCUGAGUUACUUUCACUUUCAGACGAAGAUGUAAAAGCAGCUGCACUGGAGAACCAACGUGUCGUUUGCAUUCUGGAUAUCUGUUCUCUGGAUAAAGACAAAACUGAAGUCUUUCUUAGGAAAAUAUAUAAAAUAACAGAUGUCAACGUAGUCAACCAAACAUAGUUCAUUAUUGACAUAAAUGUAUUGUAAAUUGAGAAGAGGAUUAAACUUGCAUGAGAAUAUUUUCCCCUGCUAUUCUAUCCAGGAAGCAACUUGGAUAUUUAGUAGUGGUUGAGGAAAGUUCCUGGUCCCUUUGUAUUUGAAUUCUAUAGAGGGUGUUUUGACCAAUACUUGUAUCUCAAAUCAGUUUUUUGGGGGACAAGUGCUGUACAAAUGUUGCUUCUUAACUUUUAUUUAAGAUUAAAGUAGCAAAAGCUGAGGAACCGAUGCAUCCGAUGGCCGGAUCCUGCCCUGCGAUACUGAAAACUGUAUGUAGGAAGACUGUGGCUCUUUUGCUGCUUAUCUCUGCUUUCAGGGCAACUGAAUUUGGCAUGCUUACUAAAAGUUCCUUGUGGGGAGUGAACAUCUUUAAUCAAUGUACAGGAUAGGCCUGUCAAAAGCAAAAUUGCCCCAAAAGGUUGCCUUGUUAAUCGCCUUUCAUCAACGGUCUGCAGAAGGCUUUGACGAAGGAUAAAGGAAAGCGACCGGGGAUAAGUUCUUGUGUUGAACUUUUUUAUGGAGCCUCCACUAUGCUGCAGUGGAGGAGUGUCCUUGCUGUAAUCAAGCCCGCAUAUUUGCUGUGUCAAAUGUGAAUCAUCAUUACAUUGCCAGCUGAUCAUUAUACAGUUGCUGCCUCUUCCAAAGAUGAUGAGCUGGAAGCAAAACACUCAAAUCAGAAAUAGUAAUUUUGGUUUUUGUUAUAAAAUGGAAAUGAACUGCGUUUGAUGCAGAAGUACCAGUCUAGUACAGACAUGUAAAACCUGAUCAUGUGGUCUGGGAAUGAGCACAGUACAGCUGCAGUCCAAUACCACGGAAGAGGGAAGUUGAAUAUAUGCGUAUUUGUAUUCAGACUUGGAAGAAGUGAGUAUACUUUUUCGUCUCACUUGGAACAAAUGAGCAGUCUUUUUUUUUUUUAUACUGUAUGGCACUAUUGCUUUGAUAUUGCAAUAAUUUAUUGACAGAACUGCAGAGGAACUGCUGAGUUUGCCAUGAAAGCUGUCUUUCUUGCUGCUGUCUUUCCUGCCCCGUGUUGAAAUAACAACCAAGCCAGUCAUUAUAGACACCCCUUUCUUUCUGCAAGUGUGAGUUUCGCCUGAUGCCUAUUUUGUCCUUUUGAUGCCAAGAUCCUUUUCUUUUUCCCAGGCUUUAAAUUUUUUAUAACAAUUAUAAUAUUAUGCAAUUCAGUUCUGUUUAGAUGUAUUGAUUUUCAAGUGUUGUUAUCUGAAAGACUUUGCAUUGAAAGAAAGAAUAAAAAUAUAUAAAGUCAGAGUAUAUAGUGCUAGAAGAGUACUAUGUAUUAAAUACAUUGCUUCCAGUUGGGAGUUGGAAUAAAUACAUUUGUAUAAGUGUCUUGGCCCAAAUAGAUUCUUGUUCCUCUGAUUCCUACUACUAUUUCGCUAUAUUGAUGGGUAGAGAGUAAAGAAUAUUUGUCCGAGAUGCUGAUGGUCAUUACCCAUAUUGGGAAAAUUAAGAUGCAAAAGAUUGAUAGAACCAGCUUGUUCUUUCAGUGUUCGAACACAGGGAUGCAAAAAAAGUGUGGUGCACCAGCAUCCCUUUUAUGGUCCUAGAGCCACCCAGCAUGGAUCGGAUAUGUAUUUUUAUAACAUACAUUUGAGGUGAAAUUUCACUUAAAAUGUGCUUUAAAACAAAAGUGAAAUUAACAAGUGAAAUUAACAAUUUAUACACAGAUAAGUGAUAUAUUAACAAAAUCUUGAUUUUUUUAGGAAAAAAUAGGCUGGGUAGCCAAGGGCAACAUAAAUAAAUAAAUCUGUUGGCUUCUUCAUUUAAAUGUCUCAGAUCUAUUUGCAAGAUUAUAAAAUUAGAGCCAGUUUGGUGUCGUGGUUAAGGCAUCAGG